CACCUGUUGGGUGAGUUUUUUCCCGUCCGUUUUUUUUCGAUCUGUGAAACCAAGGCAAACACAUAGUUUUAGUUGAGGGAAACAGAGAUCUUCACAGAGCUUUUCCGUGAUGUGACCGAGGACAACAGCAGACAGCAGACAUCAAGAAAUAUAAUGGCACUCUGCUGACGACUGACACUGACAGGACAGCACUGACGAUCUCAACUGGUACAAAAUGUCUCUCCUGGGCGGAUUAGUGUCGGAAUUAAUUAUGGAUGCUGCAUUAACAACUGAUGAUGCAAAUGCAGAGCCAAAAGCCGAAGGAAGUAAGAAUCCCCCAAAACAGGAAAAUGACCAGAUAACAGAUGAAGAGUAUGAGGAGGAGGAGGAGGAGGAAGAAGAAGAGGAGGAGGAGGAGGAGAUGUCCAGGUCUGCUCACCUGGAGCCAAGCACUUUACCAUGGCCUGGAGACAUAGUCAAGAAGCCUGAGAUGGACAGUAGUGAUGGAGCCUGGUCAGAAAAAGGAGUGUCAGAGGCUGAAGAGAGGGACACAGGGAUCAGCCGAGGAAGUCUGGACCUGUCUGAGAAACGGAGUCGGACGAAGAGUGACAAGAAGAGCAAGGACAAGUGGAGAGAGAGCAUGCCUGAAGGGGAGAGGUGGGAGGAGAUGGAAGUGCACCAGGAUGAUAAAGGGGGAGGCUCGCAGGCAGACGAUGAAGAGGAGGAGGAUGACGAUGAAAUAGGUUCCACUUGGACGUCAGAGAAAACCUCUCUGGGCAUCACUCCUCGAGUCACAAUACUGCGUCAAUCGUGCAAAAAGGUUCCCGAGGAGAGUCACGUCUUCAUUGACAAGUACCCUGAGAAGGAAAGGCAGGUGGAACCCGACCUGCCGGUGCAGGACCAGCCACAGUGGACGGAGCAGGAUGACAAGUACUACCUGUGCGAUCAUGCCUGUGGUGGAAAACUAGGGAUGGGUUUGUCCUUGGCUGUUGCAGGGAUUCUAUUCCCUCUCAUUGUGUGGGGGGGCUAUGAACUGCUUCCAUUUGACCUACCACUGGUGGACACUGCGCCCCUAAGGGUGAUUUACACACUUCGCUGUGCCUUCUUCGCUAUCAUCCCGAUCCUGCUGGGUGUCCUGGUUCAGGGUGUGGCACGUCUGCGGUACAGUGAACUGAAGCCACUCUAUCAAAACACAAUGGUGAACAGGGAGGUUGCUGUACACUGGCACUUCGUCAACGAAUCACUGGCACUCUUUAUUUUUUACUUCAUUCAACUGGCCGUCAUGGCAACCUACGUCAGCCAGGACAUGGUCAAACUGGUGCCACUGCUCACCAUCAUCUUUGUCUUUGGCAGGCUGAUCUACUGGCUCUGCCUCUCUCUGGGCAGCAGCAUCAGGGCCUUUGGCUUCGGCUUCUCCUUCUUCCCAAUAGUUGUGAUGUUUGCAGCCAACAUGUACUUCAUUUGUUCAUCGGUCGGACAAGAGGCGGUUUUUGACGUAGAACCACCUACAACAGCUCCUCCUCCCAGACAGAGGUUUUGGGGUUAAAAGAAGGAUGAAGAACAAAGAUUACGAGAGAGAAGAAAACAGAACAACUUAAUGACAAAACCUGCAAGGCAAAUUAUUUUGACCUUUUUUUAAUUAGUUACCCUGGUAAUGUUUACUGUCGGGGACCAGUUUACAACUUAAUAAAUAAAAAUGUGUAAGCUCUCCCUGAGCCGACCAGCUUCAUUCUCUAUUCUCAGUAGAACUCACGUUUGUCACGAAAGGUUGAUGUUGUAAACAAUUAAACUUCAAUGUCUGAAGCCACAUACUGUACCUGAUGUUGGAGGGAACUCACACAUGUUGUCAAAGGUCGAGGGUUGCAAAGAACAACAAUUUAUCUUUCGCUGUUCAAAAUGUACAAGAUGAUUAAAUCAAACGUGUAACUGUGUUAUCUAAAAAUAGUGACAUCGAGGGCAACUGGACGGAAGACGUUCCACCUCUCAUCCAAGAGGCUUCUUCAAGAGGUGGAACGUCUUCAAGAAACCUACUGCGUCCAGUUGCCCUCCAUGUAACUAAUUUAAGAUGACCUGGAUGACAGAGAACACAGACAAGUAACUGGGUUAUGUGUUCAGAGCCAGAGCUGACAACAUCUGGGUGUUGAUGCAUCAUCAGUGGGCGUUGAGCUGUAAGGCAAUUUAAUCACAUCUAAAUCGGGCAGCGGUGUUAUCACCACGGCCACUAGCAAUGCAUGCAAAUAACCUUUACUGUUGGGUGAAUUCAUUUUCUUACAAAUUAAGCGCCUUUAAAGCAUAAGAAAUUGACAAAAUUGUUUUUCAGCGUCCGGGAAGAAAACCAAAGCACACCAUAGAUGACUUCACUCAAUUUGUCUAUUUAAUAUAUAAAAUACGGUAAAACAUACGCAAAAAAGGAUAAGGUUUCAAGGGACUUGGAUACUUUGGUACAACAAACACUUUUUGUAAAAGCGGUAUAGAAUUUCAAUAACAUAUCAGUGCAUACUUUGUAUAUGAAAAUAUACACAAAUUGUAUAUCAUUCUCAAAAAACAACAAAAAA